AUGCCUGCCGCGUUCGGACAAGCGGCGCGUCUGUUGGACGCGACGUGGGAGCGUGUGGAGACGCUGCCGAACGAGGAAGGCUGGGAGAUUGUGCAGGAUGCAGAGCAUCUUGUCACGCUCGAUCUUGGGGACGUCAAUCGGAUGACCAGUAUAGAGAGCAGCUUUGCGCCGGGAAACGACGUUGCUGUGACGGGACUCGAGUCUGCAACGCCCAUGCUCAAGGUCGAUGGCACGGUCCUGAAAGGCGAAUGGGAUACGCUGAUCGGAAGCGAGAUUGUGCUGGAAAAGAGUGCGGAUUCCAUGUUCGAGCUGCGGCCCGUCCAGGACCGAUGCGCAAGCGGCGUGAAUGCGACGACCUCCGAACGCAUUGUAUUUUUGCCCGUGCGCGACAUGGGCGACACAGAAGUGCAUCACGACACAGAAGUGCAUCACGACACAGCAGGGCAGGUCCUUGGUGAUGCGCCGGACGAGACACCAGUUGAGCACGCUUGA